AUGUCUCGGAGAUACGAUUCCAGGACCACUAUCUUCUCACCAGAGGGCAGACUGUACCAAGUCGAAUAUGCUCUCGAAGCCAUCUCACACGCGGGAACUGCGUUAGGAGUAUUAGCCACAGAUGGUAUCGUCCUCGCUGCAGAAAGAAAAGUCACAAGCAAACUGCUAGAGCAGGACACAUCGGCCGAGAAGCUCUACAUCCUCAAUGACAACAUGAUAUGUGCAGUGGCAGGAAUGACAGCCGAUGCCAAUAUCCUCAUCAACUACGCUCGACAAGCAGCUCAGCGCUAUCUCAUCACCUAUAACGAAGACAUUCCUUGCGAGCAACUUGUCCGACGUCUAUGCGAUCUCAAGCAAGGAUAUACACAGCACGGUGGUCUGCGUCCUUUCGGUGUUUCCUUCAUCUAUGCAGGCUGGGACCCACAGAGACAGUUCCAGCUCUACCAGAGUAAUCCGUCAGGCAAUUACGGCGGCUGGAAAGCUACCAGUGUGGGCGCCAACAAUGCAAGUGCUCAGAGUUUGAUGAAGCAGGAUUACAAGGAAGACUGUAACCUCAAAGAGGCCUGCAGUUUGGCAGUCAAGAUUCUAAGCAAAACCAUGGAUUCAACAAAAUUGAGCAGCGAGAAGAUCGAGUUUGCGACGGUAGGAAGAACGAAAGACGGCACAAUAUACCACCAUAUUUGGAGCGGGAAAGAGAUCGAUGCUCUUCUGAAAGAGGAAGGCCUGGCAAAGGAGGAAGAGGAGUCUGGUUAG